GCCGGGCCAGCCAGAACUUCGCAGCCGCCUGGCCCUGCCGUCUUGAGACAUGCGUUCUAUUUCCGACUGGCUGUCGUGAAUCCUCCUGCUGCUGAGCCUGCCACUAACUACUGUGCUGCUGCUGUGUGUUCUGGCGAUUCAAACUAUUACCAACAGCGUGUGGCUGCCAAGGCUGCGUGCCACCAGCGCACCGCAAAGACAUUGACGACGCCAUUAUCACAGGCUGCCGAGAUGCCUCCCGCUGUGAGUUGCUUUUUCCACAUUCCAGAGAAACUGGCCCUGCUCUUCCAGCAAACUCCAGAGUCCGAAGUCUGCCCUACUUGA